AUGUCAUGGAAACUGAGACCACCCAAUUUUCAAAAACCGACGCUAUGGGUCAGUUUUGUACUAGUGUUUCUAAGUGUACAGGAAGAUGAAGCUAAUCAAGAUCCAGGAAACCCUUCAUUGGAGCCUGUUGUGUGGGAGGCUGUGUAUAAGCAACAAGGAAGGCAUUCAUCAAUCUCUAAUAGGAUUGCUUAUCAAUGUUUGAAGAGAGACUUGGAAGAACGCCCAUUGAUGUCAGACGUCAUCAAAAUACUUGAAAGUGCCCUUGAAUAUCAACAACCCGGGUUGCCCCGGAAACCCAAGAAGCUUUACAGGGGAGCGACGCGAAGGCAAUCGGGAAAAUGGGUCGCGCAAAUCUGUAUACCCAGGACCCGGACCCGGAUUUGGUUGGGUACAUUUGAUACAGCUGAGGAAGCUGCGCUGGCUUACGAUACAGCUGCGUACAAGCUGCGUGGUGAUCACGCGCGACUCAACUUUCCUAACUUAUUUCAUAACGGCUCUCACAUCAGCGGCGAGUUCGGCGACUACAAGCCGCUUCACUCCUCCGUCUACGCUAAGCUGGAAGCGAUUUCCCGAAGAUUAGCGGAGGGGGAGAGCAUCGACGGCGGUAAAAAGAAACGUUCACGACAUUCAACGGGAGACGGUUUGGGCGGAGGGCAAGAGAAGUCGGGUGUCGAGAUAGACGACGGCUCGGCAAGUGACGGAUCUGACUGGUCUUCGCAGUCUUCGGACCUGGCGGAUCUGACGUUCACGGAGGAGGGCGGCUCUUUGUUUGGACUGGAGAAAUUCCCGUCGUAUGAAAUCGAUUGGAGUUCUAUAUAGUCUGUUCGUAGUUAUUUGUGUAGCCAAGCGUCAUCAUUUCACGCCCUUGACGGGCUUUUGUCAUUCUACAUCACAUAGCCCAGUUAUUUGACAAGCUCAACUAUCCUUCAUACGUUUACGCAUGACAAUUGGUCAUUUUAAACUUAAGGCUCAACUAUCCUUCACAUGUGUAGGGAUAGAGUUGUGAAGGGUUUCGGAUGUUUUUAGAGUUACGAAGGGUUUUGGAUGUUUGUUGUAGGUAUUUUUUUUAAGAUUAAAUUACACGAAUGGUCCCUAUGGUUUGGGGUAAUUUGCAUGUUUGGUCCCUAACUUAUUUUUUUAACUCGGAAAGUCUCUACUUGUUGUUUUUGUUGCACGCUUAGUCUCUGUCUUACCUAAAAAGACUAUUUUGCCCUUGAUUUUUUAAUUUAUGUAAAUAAACACACCCUCAACCCCACUUCCACCUCACUUUACCUUACCUUACAUACCCCACCUUAUUUAAAUAAAUUAAAAAAUCAAGGGAAAAAUAGUUUUUUUAGGUAAGACAGGGACCAAGCGCGUAACAAAAACAAACUGCAUGGACCUUCUGAGUUAAAAAAAAUAAGUUAGGGACCAGUAAUGCAAAUUACGCCAAACCAUAGGGACCAUUCGUGUAAUCUACUCUUUUUUUUAGGGUUUCGGGAUUUUAAAGAAUCCAUGAUUUUAGUUUUACAGAGAGAUAGAAGAUGUAUUUUUUGGUCAUGUAAAUUUUGGAUGAUAAAGUGUAU